AAAAGCGAUAUACAAUCGAUUUAGUUGUACAUCACUUGACCACGUGAUCAUCUCUGUUCAACAAUAUGGUUUUUUUUAAAUAAUUUGCAUCAGAAUUAAACUAUGGACAAUCUGGAACAAUUGAAACGAAAAAUAUAUUCGGUUCUUCAAUCGUCCAGAUCAGCCAUCUCUGACGAUGAGCUUCGUAUGCGUAUUGGCAAUGCUGAUGUUGCACUUCGAUUAACUGCUUUGAACUCAUUAAUUAGUGAGAAAAAAAUCAAAGCCAUUGUUGUAAAUAAUGUUGCACAUUUUGAAUUGAUUGUCGAAGAAAAAAGCCAUGAAGAUAUUGUUUUAGAUGUAAUCAGAGAAGCGGACAAAAAUGGUAUUUGGAUUCGGGAUAUUCGAUCGAAAACAAAAUUGGCCGAACUUGUUCUCAAUAAAGUAUUGAAGAGUUUGGAAAAUAAAAAACUAAUCAAAUCAAUAAAAGCUAUUUCGAAUAGAAAAUUAUAUUUCCUUUUUGAUCUUCAACCCGAUGAAACGAUAACUGGUGGUGCCUGCUAUGAUUCUGGUUCGAUCAGGGAAGAUGUUGUUAGAAAUCUUAAAACUACAUGUCUACAACAUUUAUAUGACAAGUGCAAAAGUUCAUUCGAAAAAGCAGUCUCCAAACUCGAUGGAAACUAUAUGGAUGAUGGUGAUUUUACUGAUCAAGAUUUUGAUCCAGUUUAUGCAAGCGCAUCCGAUAUUUAUAAUGAAUUCAAAGGUGCAAAACUAUUUCAUGAUAUAAAACUUGUCGAUAUUGAAAAUAUUCUUAAUGUAUUAUGUUUUGAAUGCAAAAUUUUGAAAAAAACUAUGGGUGAACGAUCAUUGUUUCGAUAUAAUCCACUGAAUCGAGAUAAAUCCGAUUUAUUCUAUGCACCAUGUAUGAUAUGCCAUCUAUAUAAAGAUUGUAAGCCUGGAUCUGUGCGUAUUUCACCGGAAAAUUGUCGAUACAUAAAUUAUGAAUUAUUUUGAUGUAUUUUUUUUCUAAUUCAAUUUAUUCACAUGAAUAAUAAUAAAAAAUUUUAUAAGCUAAAUU